GUGGAUGUGAGACCGGGCAGCUUCUGUUCGUGUGAAAAACUUAUUGAAACUUAACAUUUAUGGCACAUAUUAUAUCGGAGUAAAGUUUAACACGAAGUAUAAUUUAUUUGUAAAUAAGUACUAAGUUGUCACUCAUUUAAAGGCUUUCAAGGACUCCUAAUGUAUCUCCCUGGAGGAACAACGGAACAGGGAGGUGUGCGCGUUCGUUUUUUACCUGAGAACAGGUAGUGCAACUGGGAAACUGGCUUUACAAAAGAUAUAAAAUGAAUGAAACUCUGGACCGAAACAUUACCUUUGUGGGUGACGGUAACUGGACUUUUCCCAAUGGCUCAAGUGAAUUCUUCUUACCUCAGAACAACAUCACAUAUGUUGGAUAUUACUUGCAUCAGCCAUCAGUAGCAGCAAUAUUCAUAGUGUCGUACCUGCUCAUAUUUGUGGUCUGCAUGGUUGGAAAUGGAGUGGUGUGCUUCAUAGUCUUACGGAGCAGAAACAUGCGCACCGUCACCAACCUCUUCAUCCUCAACCUUGCCAUCAGUGACCUUCUUGUUGGGAUUUUUUGCAUGCCAACAACUCUUCUUGACAACAUUAUUACAGGCUGGCCAUUUGGAAGCAUGGUCUGCAAAAUGAGUGGUAUGGUCCAGGGCAUAUCCGUCUCAGCCUCUGUUUUCACCUUGGUUGCCAUAGCAGUUGACAGAUUUAGAUGUAUUGUGUACCCCUUCAAGCAAAAGUUGACGAUAUCAACAGCCACCCUUAUCAUAGUCAUCAUCUGGGUCCUGGCCUUGACAAUCAUGUGUCCCUCUGGUGUCAUGCUCCAGGUAACUAAAGAACAAAGCAUUCGUGUUUUCUUGGGAGAUGGCAACAGAACAAGCCCUUUUUACUGGUGCAGAGAAAACUGGCCCAACCAGGGGAUGAGGAAGAUCUACACUACAGUUCUGUUUGCCAAUAUUUACUUGGCUCCUCUCUCACUCAUCGUGAUCAUGUAUGCAAGGAUCGGGAUCACUUUGUUUAAAACGGCUAUGCCGACCAGAGCAAAACCUGGCCGCGAUAACCGUCAUUCUGUGUCAAAGAAAAAACAAAGAGUAAUCAAAAUGCUUCUCAUCGUAGCCUUGCUCUUUAUCCUAUCCUGGUUGCCACUGUGGACGUUGAUGAUGCUGACAGAUUAUGUCAGGCUUACCGAACGCCAGUACAGGCUUAUUAACAUCUACAUCUACCCUUUUGCCCACUGGCUUGCCUUUUUCAACAGCAGCGUCAACCCAAUAAUUUACGGGUUCUUCAAUGAAAACUUCCGCCGUGGAUUUCAGGCCGUUUUCAAGUUUGGGCUGUGCCCGGUUGGCGGUCAACAUCGGACCUAUUCCCACAGGAUGCAAGGGAAUUCUGUGAGGCCGGUAAACCCUCAACCCUCAACAGAGCCCAUCUCUCUUAACAGCCUGGAUAAUAGCUCACGGAGGAUAAAUCAUGUCAACGAGCAAGAUUUAGUUAUGGAAGAUUUAGAAAAAGUUUCGGAAUGCAGUUUGGAAGGAGCUUCUCUUUAAAGAGGUGAACAGAGGUGAAGAUGUGAUUUUUUUUCAUGUCAAAUUCCAGAAUAUAAUUUACCAAUAUUUUUUUAAAGAAAAAUUGUUAACAUGCCAUUGUGUGACUUUUCAGCAGUCAUUUGCUGCUAAGAUGAAUGUAUAUGUUGAUGUGUUUAAAUAAGGCUGAAUACAACUGGCAAUUUAUCUGUUGUCAAGUUUUAAAUCAGUAUUU